AUCUGCGCUAUGGGGACAACAAACCUUGACAUGCAAGAGCUUGAGCUCAUCCAGAGCCCGUUCGAGACGUUCCUCAUCCCAUGCCUCGGAGCCUGGAGCACCAGGCUCACUCUUGAUAGAUGGGCCGUUGUUUGCCAUGGUAGUGGGUGUUGGUGGGAGAAGCGCAGGGGACUAUCAGACCAUGGCGCAGGAGAACGAAAGGAAGGAAGGAAGGAAGGGUCUAAUCGGUCGGUAGACCAGCGAGCAGGCGGUGUGUGGUAUGUCUGGGUCGGGAGUCGAAAAUGGAGAGUCGAGUUAAGGGACCGAGGCGUUUCGACGACCAGACCGGCGAGGUUGGAUGGAUGGGUGCCGAGCGAUGGCUUGAGGCGCAACGCGCAAUCACAGCCGAAAGAUGGUCCAAGAAAGGUAAAUGCUGGAUCCGUGUUUGCGAACACUUCAAAUGACACAGUCUGUAAGGCAAACGUUCCACUCACACUGUCAUGCGUGGUGCUGGUCGGGGUCCCAAAAGGAGUACGCGAAGCAGGCCGGAGAUACUGUGUGUAUUGAUGGAGGUGAUGUCUUCAACGUCUGGUACGCGGCGCAGGUGCAGCGCAUCCAUGGAACCUGGAAGCAUGGGCCAGGGCCAGAAUCGGGUCCCAGCAGACUUUCCCAGCAGCGCGUCAAGGUGGUUGGUGCGUUAUUCUCUGGAGUACCUAUCCCCACUAUUCCCGCAGGGCCAGUACAUCUCGCCUACCUAUCACGGUGCAAGGCACCCGGGGGCCAGGACACCUUGCCAGGCGUACCAGGUUCCUCACCACUCCCGGACGUCCACUCUACCUGGCCGUUGAUUGGUCACGUGAAGGUGUAUGUCGAGUCCGAGGCGAAAGGUGCAGCUUGCUUUCCGGCCAGGCAAUCAAUCUUUGGAAGAAAAGAGAAAAGAAGCGGAAUACAUAAAAGCGCAUGUCCUUUACCUCCAGCCAUUCUCAUUCCCCCACAUGAUCCAUCACCAUCAACCCAGCAAGAAAAGAUUGUGUGCAUUGCCAGCAGCAUCCCUCUGAACCUCCCUCGGAUACUCAACAUAAACGCUGGAUACCUUACCUUACUGUGUAGGUUAGCCGGAGAGCGGAUUAACUGCCAACCUAGUUCAGACCGUGCGGAUUGGAAUUCUCUGACUCCAACCUCUCCGUGUUUCCUGCCGUUCCGUCACCAGAUAACUUAGUUGCAGCCCUUCUGAGGAGAGCCCUUCACCCAAAGAAGUACGGAUAUUAUCGCCAACAAAAAAGCUGUCGCACCAGUCUCAUCUUCAUCUUCAUUUCUCCGCCCCU